AUGGCGUCCAGUAAAGUUUCUUGGGGAAGCUUAAAGGAAAGUGCAUGCCGGUCCUUGUUUACAAGUGUGAAAAAUCCAAGAUCAGAUUCACCAAAUAAUCCACACGGGCCGGUGCGGUGCGCGGGGUGCCACCAGCACCCGUCCGCCGCUACCGCCACCACCAAGGCGCGGGAGAAGCCCAAGGGCGCGCGCAAGCUGCGCGCCGCCGACGUCGCACUCAACCACCGCCUCGUCUCCUGGCGCGUCGGCGGCGGCACCGAGGACGGCCCGGCCGCCACGGGCGGGUACAACUACACGGGCACCUCCACGUCCGCCGUGCUCGCCCACCUCGCCGGCGGCAACAACUGGCACGCCGAGGACAAGGAGGAGGACGACGCCGAUCUCGUAGCCGCCGCCCUGAGGGGGAUCUCUGACCUGUACGACCUCAUUGUCAGCCUCCAGGCCGCGCCGGGCGGACAAGAAAAUGACGCAGACGGCACGGCGACAGCGGCGGACACCGACGAAAUCGAGGAGCAGGAUGCUGAAAUUACCGACGAUGUCGACGAGGACGAGGAGGAGGACGACGACGGGUUCUGCAUGGUGCGGGGCAUCACCAUCGCGCUUGAGUUCUCCGACGGGGAGGAGGACUGGAUCGUGGUCUGAUCCGAGCUCAUCUCAUUCAUUUGCA